ACCGAGAGACAACAGCUGGACAUCAGUCAGCAUGCUGGGAUCUUUGAUUCUCCUGUGGAUAUGCAUCUUCUUCAUCUUCCUCCUAGUCCGGAUCCAAAGGCCGAAGAAUUUUCCUCCAGGACCUCGUCCUUUGCCAGUUUUUGGGAAUCUGCUUCAUGUGAACAUGGCCAAUCCUUUGAAGGAUUUGGAAAGAUUUGCAGAACGAUAUGGGAAUAUUUUCAGUCUGUAUACUGGAUCAAGACCAGCAGUUUUUCUGAAUAGUUUUAAGGUUAUCAAGGAAGCUCUGGUGACAAAGGCUCAAGACUUCUCAGGACGGCCUCAAGACUUCAUGAUCAGUCAUAUCUCGGAAAAUAGAGGUGUUGUAUUGGCUAACUAUGGCCCCCUUUGGAAGGAUCAUCGACGCUUUGCUUUGAUGACCAUGAGGAACUUUGGCCUGGGGAAGCAGUCCAUGGAGGAGAGAAUUCUGGGAGAGAUUUCACACAUUGUUGCUUACUUAAACAAAAAUGCUGGAGGAACUGUGAAUCCUCAAAAUAUGUUCCACCAACUUGCAUCAAAUGUUAUCGGCUUGGUUCUGUCCGGAUCCCGUUUUGAUUACAACAAUACAUUCCUCCAGAGCUUCGUUCAGCUCUUUACAGAGAUUGCAAAGAUCCUCAAUGGACCAUGGAACAUGAGGAUCAUGGUGUCUUACCUUGCCUCGCGUCCCGUGACACAGACGGUUUAGUCUCUGCUGUCUGAUGAGUUCCAGAAGCUCCGGCUUCAGAC